AUGAUUUCAUGGCUGCAUCCUUUGAAGAUUUCUGGAGAAGGAUUUAUGAUUACCUCGCUGAAAUUACGCUUCUCAGAACAAGGUCGACGUACUGUGAAGCCUCGUGAACAUACUGAGGCUCAUUUGAAUCAACAUGAUGCCAAUCUCAUACUACUGCCGACCACCCAAGACUACUGCCGACCACCCAAGACUACUGCCGACCACCCAAGACUACUGCCGACCACCCAAGACUACUGCCGACCACCCAAGACUACUGCCGACCACCCAAGACUACUGCCGACCACCCAAGACUACUGCCGACCACCCAAGACUACUGCCGACCACCCAAGACUACUGCCGACCACCCAAGACUACUGCCGACCACCCAAGACUACUGCCGACCACCCAAGACUACUGCCGACCACCCAAGACUACUGCCGACCACCCAAGACUACUGCCGACCACCCAAGACUACUGCCGACCACCCAAGACUACUGCCGACCACCCAAGACUACUGCCGACCACCCAAGACUACUGCCGACCACCCAAGACUACUGCCGACCACCCAAGACUACUGCCGACCACCCAAGACUACUGCCGACCACCCAAGACUACUGCCGACCACCCAAGACUACUGCCGACCACCCAAGACUACUGCCGACCACCCAAGACUACUGCCGACCACCCAAGACUACUGCCGACCACCCAAGACUACUGCCGACCACCCAAGACUACUGCCGACCACCCAAGACUACUGCCGACCACCCAAGACUACUGCCGACCACCCAAGACUACUGCCGACCACCCAAGACUACUGCCGACCACCCAAGACUACUGCCGACCACCCAAGACUACUGCCGACCACCCAAGACUACUGCCGACCACCCAAGACUACUGCCGACCACCCAAGACUACUGCCGACCACCCAAGACUACUGCCGACCACCCAAGACUACUGCCGACCACCCAAGACUACUGCCGACCACCCAAGACUACUGCCGACCACCCAAGACUACUGCCGACCACCCAAGACUACUGCCGACCACCCAAGACUACUGCCGACCACCCAAGACUACUGCCGACCACCCAAGACUACUGCCGACCACCCAAGACUACUGCCGACCACCCAAGACUACUGCCGACCACCCAAGACUACUGCCGACCACCCAAGACUACUGCCGACCACCCAAGACUACUGCCGACCACCCAAGACUACUGCCGACCACCCAAGACUACUGCCGACCACCCAAGACUACUGCCGACCACCCAAGACUACUGCCGACCACCCAAGACUACUGCCGACCACCCAAGACUACUGCCGACCACCCAAGACUACUGCCGACCACCCAAGACUACUGCCGACCACCCAAGACUACUGCCGACCACCCAAGACUACUGCCGACCACCCAAGACUACUGCCGACCACCCAAGACUACUCGCGGAGGCGGCGUGGGGCAGUCUGCAGCGGCUGACAUCUGCCGGCGGCGCGCGGCUGCGGCCGGCCGGCGAGCGCGUGCCCGUGACGUCAAGGGAAGUGACGCUGCGCUCCAGAUCAAUACGGAACAGCGGCGGGCGAGCGGAGCACGGCACGCGCGGCGGCGCUGCCAUCGACCUCUGGCCGCCAUCGACAUCUGUCCCCUUCUGA